AUGUCUGGUUGGGGAAAGCAGGGGGGAAAGGCAUGUGCCAAAGCCAAGACUCAUUCGUCCCGGGCUGGGCUACAAUUCCCGGUGGGUCAUGUGCAUCGCCUGCUUCGCAAAGACAACUAUGCUGAGCGGGUCGGGGCCGGCGCGCCCGUCCACCUGGCCGCCUUGCUCGAGUACCUGCCGGCCGAGAUCCUGGAACUGGUGGGCAAUGCGGCCCACGACAACAAGAAGACCCGCAUCAUCCCCCGCCACUUGCAGCUGGCCAUCCGCAACGACGAGGAGCUCAACAAGCUGCUGGGCAAGGUGACCAUCGCCCAGGGUGGCGUCCUGCCCAACAUCCAGGCCGUGCUACUGCCCAAGAAGACUGAGAGCCACCAUAAGGCCAAGGGCAAGUAA